GGUAGAAAACAUUAACAUCCCUCUCUCAUUUGUGGCCCGGCAGAUCGUUACCUCCUUAUCGACAUUCCCUUUCUUUCCACCUGUCCUAAUCACUUACCUGUUCGAUCGAACCACACAAACCCGCUUCUAUUGUGUUAAUUUUGACGUGUUAUGAACUUGUUUUGUUAAAUUCCUUAUUUAAAUGUCUGUCAUUCAUUCAUCAGGAAUUUGGGUCGAUACGCGUCUGAAUUUGCUUUAGAUAUUCAGGAAAAAAAGGCCUGUGUAAAGUUCCUAUUCAAAGAACCAGGGUGUAUUCACUUCAAAGAUGGCGGAUCAGUUGUAAUUUGCCAGUAAAAAUUAACACAUCUGCUUUUUCAUUAAGCCCAAGGAAAGUGUUUUCGCGGGAACUGUAGCUGGAAUAGGCGAAUUUUUCUUGUGAUAAGACCCUUAUUUUAUGUUACCAGUCUAAUGUUAUCCACGCUUCUGUAAGUUUACCUGAGGACUUUCGGGUAAUUAUAGAUCAUUGGCACAACUUCAAUUCAGAGACGGGUGUGAGCGCCCCGCCGGGAGUGGUAUACUGCCAUUAUUUGUGUAUGAUCAUCUACCAAUGGAUUAACCUGUUCCUAAAUGGCUACUGCAGUGAAUGGAACCAAGGCUGCCAAGCACGUGAGUCAGAUAUCUGUUAGUGGGACUCUUCCUCCUAAAAAGGAACCGCAAUCGUCCACAUCCGCUUUUGGGGGUGACGAGAGGCACUUUAACUUAGCUGUCAUCAAUGGUGAAGACACAGAGGCAAAGAAACCAAUAAAUGACAGAAAUGUGGAGGAGGAACUGGAUCCAAGAUUUGGAAAGGCGACUUUGUCCAAAUCCGCCCCAGUCGCUGAUAUAGUGAGAGAGCGAAUUACAAGUGAAAUCCACCCACCAGACCCAUCAGAAAUCACUAAUGGCAACGGUCACCAUGAGGCCGGACCGCCAUCCAGUGACUCCACGACAUCUGAUGAGAAGUCUUCCCACAGUUCCACACAAGAACCACCCGAGCUUUCCGGUACUGCUACAAGCUGGACCCUCUUCGCGCAGUCGUACUUCCAGGUCAGAGGUUCCCAUACAUAUCUGUGUUCAGCUCUUCAGCAGCCAUUACUUCCCAAGAAGGACAAAGCAGAUAUUCUGGCCUCCCUGGCAGCUUGGGUAACUAUUCUCAGAAUCAUGGGGGAUCUCCCGGAGUCUGACCAAGGGGAGAGUAUCGAAGUGGCCGGGACCACACCUCCAGUUAUCAGUCAAGUGAAACAGAAUUUUCAAAAGAAGUACACAAAGCGUGACGUCGAUGAGGCUUACAAAAGAUACUCCGAGCUAUUUAAAGAUCCCUCUCACGCCGAGGUGCGAAAUCUACCAUUCCUGUCUGAGAAAGUCAGCUCAAUCUUGGAAAAAGUCCAAUAUGUUUGUGCUCUUGGAAUUUACAAACCAGAAUUAAGGGACGAGUUAUACUGCCAGGUUUGUAAGCAGCUUACCAACAAUCCCUCCCGGAACAGCUCAAUUCGGGGCUGGGUUCUUCUGCACUUACUGGCGGGAUGUUUUACGCCGACAGAGAAAUUUUUCCCGUGUUUCCUGCAUUUUCUGAGUGAAUCAUCGCCAAUAUUUGCCUGUCGAGUAGAACGUCUCGUACGGAGAACCGCCAAUGUGGGCACUAGGGAAUACCCACCAAGCUGGCUCGAGUUUCAGGCUUCUAAGAACAGCAAACCCAUUUUGAUUCCCAUGUCUUUGAUGAAUGGUCAGCGUAUGGUUGUAGAGGCGGAUUCAGCUUCUACUGUUCAGGAACUCGCCCUACAAACCUGUCAUAAAGCGGGUCUGACUGCCUCGUCAGGAUUUUCAAUUUACAUCACACUUGUGCAGCGUAUUUCUUGUCUCGGAAAUGGUAUGCAUCGAGUUAUGGACGCAAUAGGAGAAUGUGAACAGCACACGAAGCAGAUGGGCAUGCGUGAAAGUAGUUCCACUUGGCGGUUGUAUUUCCGGAAGGAAUAUUUCGUUCCUUGGUAUAAUCCUAAAGAUGACCCUGUAGCUGCAGAUCUGAUCUAUCAACAAAUCAUGCGUGGUGUCUCAGUAGGGGAAUACAAAUGCGAAAAAAAUGAGGAUUUGGCAAAACUAGCAGCCCAGCGGUACUUUGUUGAAAAUCCAGGCAGUGUAGACACAACGAAAUUGCAGACAUUUUUAACAGGUUGGCUUCCGGAGUCCAACAAGAAAACCAUAGACUUGCCAUACUGGACAACAAAAGUUAUGCAAGUUCUACAAAAUGACAUCACGAAGGACCGCAACAAAGUUCGAGAACUCAAAUGUGAUGUAGUGAAUUUCGGAAAAGAAAAGUGGUAUCUCAUGUUUUCACGAUUUUAUGAUGCAAACAAGAUUCAGAAUGCUACCAUGACUUGGCACAAUGUUAUUCUUGGACUAAAUAGUAAAGGUUUGCUGAUUAUGGAUGAGGAGGAGGAUGUUAAGAGUUCUAUUUCACUUCUGGAAAUCACAGACGUCUCAAAAGGAAGACAUACAGUUACCGUCAGUACUCUGCGGUCUGAGGAUUUUGUGGUCAGUUCUAAUCAAGCCGAAGAUUUGUACCUGUUGGUCACCAAGUUCAUGGAUGGACUGCGAAGAAAGUCAAAGUAUGGCAUUGCUGUCAAGGAUUCGACGCAAAUAGAAGGUGCAAUAGGAGUGGGCCUUACUAAAGGUGAUCUGGUGGAAUUAGAGCAGCCAUAUGAAUAUUGCAUGAAUGAGGAUGUGUACAGCGCCACCUGUGUCAGGACAGGAAAACUCUCCAUGAUGCCAAGAGAUUUAAUCUACGUCAUCCCAACUAUUGAAGAACCAGCUCAUGAUACCUUAGGCAUGUUAACUGUUCAAUUACGCAAAGACCCCAGUGUUUUUCCAACCCAUGUUUGUGUUCAGCGUGAGCAUACGUUGCAAAUGUACUCCAAACUCCAUUUCAGACAAAGUAGUGAUAAUGCAGUCACAAAGCUUUUAUCCAAAGCUUCAUUUAAAUCUUCAAAGAAAGAUAAAUCGCACUCAAACUGGCAGUAUCAAAAAGAGCCAAUCAAAAAGCCUCUAUUAAGAAGAACACACCUGAGGGAGGAGCUCAGAAGAGCCAGCUGCAAAUGUUUUCUUGCUAUACUGCAAUAUAUGGAUGAUAGUCCUUCCUCCGACCAGAUGUCUGAAAUGGAAUUGUCCAAUGAAAGCAUCAUAGAACCAGCAAUGAGGAGUAGACAUAUGCGAGAUGAAAUAUAUUGCCAGAUUAUCAAACAACUUACAAAAAAUCCUAACAAGUCUGGUGAGGACCGUGGAUGGCGACUACUAUACCUUCUCUGCACAUGCGCGGUACCAAGUUCCGAACUAUAUGACGAAUGUGAACAAUUUAUGAGUGGAAGCAAACAUCCUUUAUCUCAGAUAUGUUUGAAAAGACUUCAGCUCACUAAAUCAGAGGGCGCUCGUCAAUAUCCGCCUCAUCCAAUGGAACACGUGGCUAUGACGAACAAAAAGCACACAAUCAAAAUUAGCGUAGGAUUCCCUUUCCAACAACAGCAAGACUUUGAAAUUGAGGUCAGUUGUCGUGUGGGGGAAUUCAAGCGCCAGGUCAUGGACACACUUGACUUGGAUGGCCCAAUGGAGUAUGGACUCUGCUUUGGACUGAAAGACAGAGGUUCAUCACUUUUUAAACCUAACCAAAGCACUGGUGCAUCUUCGAAAACAAAACCAUUUUUGAUUAGUGCACCGGAUGGGGAGUACUUCCUGGAUUCUCUGACCAACGUUGAACUCUUCUGGGCCAAACAAAUGAGAUCACAACGUUCAAGCGUGACAGAAUCGAACAUGGGGUCCCCCGAUUUCACAGCUCCCACUGCUGUUCACGUGUUCUUUCUGAAAAAGCUUUGGGUGAAUGCCGAACCCGGUAAAAAUAAAAAUGCAGAUUCCAUGUUUCAUUUUCCACAGGAGGUCCCAAAUUAUCUUCGCGGUUAUCAUAAUUGUUCGGAAAAGGAUGCCGGACGAUUAGCGGCAUACAUUUACAGAGCACAGUUUGGAGAUGAUGUUUCUGCUCUCGCUGACUUUGAAACAAACAUGAAAGCUCUCAUACCGCAGCCGCUCCUUCCAAACAAACCCCCAAAUGAGUGGAAACAGGUUGUUAUGGAAGAAAUUGGUAAAACCAAAGGACGUAGCUCAAACGAAGCAAAGCUGGCUUUCCUCAAUGUCAUACACAACUGGCCAACCUUUGGAUCAGUAUUCUUCACUGUAAAGCAAAGAUCUCUGAAGUCGUAUCCAAAAAAUGUAUUGUUUGCCGUCAAUGUUAAUGGGGUAAUGUUCCUUGAUGUUACAUCUAAGACUAUUCUUGUCCAGUAUGAGUACAGCCAAAUUCCCAAUUGGGCGUAUGACGAACAGUCGUUUACACUGAUAGUGGGAGAGGGCGCGAACUCCACCAAGGUGUACAUGGAAACAAAUCUGGGCCAUAAUAUGGAUGACAUCAUUAUGUCGUAUGUGGAAUGGAUGAUGAAUGCACAUAUACAAAAAAGGCCGUCGUAUGCUGGCGUCACAGUUGGGGAAUCGCUCUGUUAAGAACAAUACAUCUAUCAUGUAAAUAAUUGGGGGGUGGGGGUGUAUUCUUGUGUACUCUUUACGAUUGUAUGUAUAUAAUCAUACCGGUAAAUUUAUUUUUUUUGCGGAAAAGAGCCAUAUUGUAGACAGUAUUUACUAAUUGAUUAAUCCUAGUAUGAAAAACAUGCAAGGACGGAAGAAAUCUCUUGCUAAGUAAUCUCAGUUGUAACAAUCAUUAUACGUUAAGAUUGACCAUGUAAAUGAGGUCAAUUAGAGGUCAAGUUUAAGAUGUUAUUGAUACUAUUAAUCAUUUUAUACCUGGUGUCGUAUUGUAAUAUGUGUGUUCAGUGAAAAUGUACUCUUUACAUAAUAAUGUCGUAUAACAUGUUUUUUAAAAAGAUAUCUUAUAUUUCUAUAAUGUUAUGUGUAUUGCAUUUACAUGAUUUAUGACAGGGGAAUCAAAUAAAGUAUUAUUCUAUUGUU